CCGGAUAUAUGACGUCACAAUCGUGCGACCAGUUGAGGACAUGACUUAUUGAGAUAAUCGGUCUGUUCUGAUGUAAAAGUUGCGUAAAAUUGUUAUAGCACAUUAUUUAAAACAUGUGGGCGCUAAAAUGGAGCUUGACUUGCAUUACCAGCUCCUCUCUUCGGCUACUCGGAAAUAACCGGAGGGCGGCUGUCUGUCAGCAGCUGCACAGGAGUUUGUCCACUCAAACUGACGGAGAAGUCCGAAUUGCCAACAUCCUGAAGGAGAAGUUUCCCACGGCGUCAUCGCUCAAAGUUGUGGAUAUUUCAGGUGGUUGUGGAGCCAUGUAUGAGAUCCAUGUAGAGUCCAAUGAGUUCAAAGGAAAGAGGACAGUUCAGCAACACCAGUUAGUUAAUCAGGCACUCAAGGAUGAGAUUCAAGAAAUGCACGGACUGCGAAUAUUUACUGCCAUCCCAGAGUCCUAGAGACCUUCCACCAUUGAAAUAUCAAUUGCUCCUUUGUAUAUUUUAAUCUUGUAUAAAAGUAGACUAUUAAACUGAUUUUAUUUUAGUUUAUGAAUUCCAUUAUGCCACACACCAUUUUACAAGUUGAUAUAGUGGAACUUUUUCCAAACACCACACAGUGGGGAGUGGUUAUUACUGCUUGUUUACAGCAGAAAGAUUAGCUGUUUAAAUAGUUGUUUUUCUUAAUGUGUUACUCAUGAUGGAUUGGUGAACUGCCCAGGUUGUACCCAGCCUUGUCUUGUUGACUGCUGGGAUUGACUUGGCUUGCAUUGAGAUGUGACAGCUACUCUGGCUGUGAUGAAGAGUGACAUCGUCUGUGACAUAUGGACUAAGAAACUGGACUAUAUGGACUAAGCAAUAAGAAAUAAUAUAAUAAUAUACACCAAAUAUCACAAGCGUAUGUUUUACUUUGUGAGAAAACUGAGGUAAUGUACAGGUAAUAUAUACAGCUGAGCUAUUAUAUGCACAAACUUCAUGGUAAAAUGCCAGUACAAUACUAUUUAUAGAGAUUUUUUGGGGGAAGGGGCAUGUUUGUAUAAUGCUAUGGUAACAAUACACGACUGGUGGUUAUAGCAAAUUGGUUAUAGUGUAUUGCAUUGUUUUUUUUUUUUUGGUAAUGCUACCAAUUAAACUAAAAAUUCA